CAUUAUUGUUAAGCCUCUUUCAUGGCUACCACCCAGAUACCAUCCAAGAACUCAGCUUUCAUACCUUACAACAAGUCACCAGCCAUAGAAAGCGAGUCGUCAAAUUAAAGCGUUUCUUCAAGGAAAUAGCCUCCAGCUUGAGUCAUCAGAUGCAAAGGGUUUAUCAGGAGAGAUGAAAAGGAGAGGUACCUAUUAAAAAAUGAAAGAUGAUCACCAAAGAAAGUGGGUUCUCAGGAGCAGAUCUUCAGUAUGGUAUAAAGCUGCCUUCAUGGGGAGGUCCCAUUAGGAGGAUAAGGGUCACGCAGAUGAGGCAGCCAAGUGAAGAGGAAGAUAGAAAUGUUAAUGUUGUUGAAUCUAAGAAGAAAAACUCUUGUAGCUGUCUUAAGAAUCAAGGUGAGGAGAAUGGCAACAAAACAAGGGAGAAAACCAGGAAUUUGGAGGAUGAGAAGAAUAAAAAGCAGGUGAUCGAGAACGCAAACAAUAGUGGCAAUAACACAACAACCAAAGCUUCAGUAAGCACCGGUUCAUUAUCAUCAUCAUCAUUCUCAUCUUCAACACUCUCUCCAUCAUGCACUGAAGAUCAGAAUCAAAUGAGCAGUCACAUCCCUUCAAGCACAAUCUCAAGUAACACAAUUGUAACAGGGCUAACAGAACCGUUGUUUGAAAAAAUGUUGUUCCAAAGCGACAUGAACAAUCUCAAUAGGCUUCUCAUCCCAAGAAAGUUUGAAAAGAUAUACUUUCCUCGCCUAAAGAUUUCCAAAGACAAUUACAAGAAGGAGACCCUCAUGUUCUUCGAUCACCAAAACAUUGCAUGGGAUAUGAAAUUCGAGUUUUCAGAAUCUAGCCAAAGCUAUGUGCUCACUAGGGGGUGGAGUGCUUUUGUCAACCAGUACCAACUGCGAACCAACUUUAUGGUUUGUUUCUAUCAGCUUGAACAAUACAUGCAUAAGAAGCAUUAUGACAUCUGACAUGUCAUCCAUGUUGGUGUAUGAUGUCUUGUAUUCCGUCGCAGUUUAAUCCAGGGAGUACUGGUGCAACACCUAGAUAGGCAGGACGGCGGUUCCGCUAGUCGGUUAGCUGGC